AUGACGGACCCAAGCAAGUACAAAUUCAACCACUCUAUGCUGAGAGUCAAGGAUCCCAAGGCCAGCAUCAAAUUCUACGAGCAUCUUGGCAUGAGCGUCGUGAACAAAUUCGAGUUUCCCGACAACAAGUUCGAUUUGUACUUUUUGGCCUAUGACUCUCCCAAGGCUGUCUCUCACAACAACCACUGGACGGAUCGCGAGGGCAUAAUCGAGCUGACCCAUAACUACGGCACUGAGAGCGAUCCCAACUACAAGGCUUGCAAUGGCAACAAGGACCACGGAAAAGGCUUCGGGCAUGUCUGCAUCAGUGUUGACAACAUUCAAGCGGCCUGCAAGCGUAUCGGAGAUGCUGGCUACAAAUUCCAAAAGCGUCUAGAAGAUGGUCGCAUGCACAACAUUGCAUUUGCGCUCGAUCCAGAUGAAUAUUGGGUAGAAAUCAUCGCCUUCAACCCGGUCGAGAAGACCGAGAGCAUCACCGAGACCGACCCAGGCUCAUACCGCAUGAACCACACCAUGAUCCGUGUCAAGGACAAAGACGCCAGCAUCAAGUUCUACGAGGAAGUCAUGGGCAUGACGCUGAAGCGCACUUCGGAGAACAAAGACGCCGAAUUCAACCUCUACUUUCUCGGCUAUGGACCCAAGCCAGACGAAGGGUCCUCGGCCAACGGAGUAAACCCGAACGCCGACAAGGAGGGCCUCUUGGAGCUCACAUGGAAUUAUGGAACCGAGAAGCAAGAGGGUAAGGUCUACCACGAUGGAAACAGUGAUCCGCAGGGAUUCGGGCAUAUCUGUGUCUCGGUGGACGAUCUCGAAGCCGCGUGUCAAAGGUUCGAGGAGAAGGGCGUGAGCUGGAAGAAGCGUCUCACUGAUGGUCGGAUGAAAAAUGUGGCCUUUGUGCUAGAUCCCGAUGGAUACUGGAUCGAAGUGAUCCAAAACGACAAAUACAAGUCGGCGCCUGGAAAAUAUUGA